GCGAAGGAGGGGCACGAACCAAAUCGAAUUAAAUGGCUGCACAACAAGGCUUCGAUGUGAAAUGUUACACUGCAUUAGUUGGUCUCGCCGAAUAUUUUAGGACAUGUCAUCCACCGAGAGUAAGAGAAUGUAUACACUGCUUACAGGCCAGUUUAAACAUAGGACUACCCGCCAUCCUAGAUGCGAAAGUAAGGUUAAACAUCGGCAAGCUUCUCUUAGAAGAAACAAAUAAUUUAGGCCAUGCACGGAGUCAUUUACAACAAGCGCUUCAAGUAUCUCAAUGUCUUUUUGGACCAGAAGCUGAUAAGGUGUUUUUUGAGAGUGCAAAUCUCCUUGCAAGAUUUUGUAGUGAACAGAACCAAACAAGUUUAGCAAAGAACAUCUUAAGAAGUGCCUUAGAGCGAUCAGCGCAAUCAAAGUUUUAUCUUUGGCAUUAUAAAUUGAUAUUCAAAUUAGCUGAAAUUCAUGCAGAUGACAGAGAGUUCAGUAUAGCAAUUGAACUUUUGUCUGCAAUUGGAGAACAAACAGCAGAACAGCAUGGUCAUAUCUACAUCAAGUUCUUGUUCAAACUCAGCAAAUUAAUGUAUUUGUUAGCAACGAGAAGUACUGAUAAAUUUGAACAACAAAUUGGACCAACAGAUGCAGAUGUUGACAAUUUUCGACCACAACUGGCAAACCAAAGAGAAACAGUGCGAGUAUUUUGGAAUCUUCUAAAGUCGUACUACUUUAUAUUCGUUGGGCAGCCAAAAUCUGGCAAAGCUUGUCUGAAGGCGUUGCAACAGAGCGUCCAGCUGUUAAAUGUUGCUGGGGAGGAAGCACAUUCUGUCGCCGACCCUCAAGCAAUGCAGUGGAUGACAAAGGACCAAAUAUGCGUUCUUGUUUAUUUGGUUACCGUUGCCCACUCAAUGCACACUGGAUGUCUUGAAAAGGCAGUGAAAUAUACAGAGAAGGCUAUAACACAAAUCGAAAGGAUAAGAGCACAAUGCAAGUCUAGUUUGUCAUUUUAUUUGUUAGCAACGAGAAGUACUGAUAAAUUUGAACAACAAAUUGGACCAACAGAUGCAGAUGUUGACAAUUUUCGACCACAACUGGCAAACCAAAGAGAAACAGUGCGAGUAUUUUGGAAUCUUCUAAAGUCGUACUACUUUAUAUUCGUUGGGCAGCCAAAAUCUGGCAAAGCUUGUCUGAAGGCGUUGCAACAGAGCGUCCAGCUGUUAAAUGUUGCUGGGGAGGAAGCACAUUCUGUCGCCGACCCUCAAGCAAUGCAGUGGAUGACAAAGGACCAAAUAUGCGUUCUUGUUUAUUUGGUUACCGUUGCCCACUCAAUGCACACUGGAUGUCUUGAAAAGGCAGUGAAAUAUACAGAGAAGGCUAUAACACAAAUCGAAAGGAUAAGAGCUGCUGGCAACAUGAAUAAGAUGGUGUUGAUGUUUCAGCUUUCAUUGAUGGAGCAUGCAAUCAUGUGUAAAAUUGUUAAUGGGAAAGGAUCGUCUGCUAUACAAGAGCUUGGAAAGGUCUGUCACCUUUGCCAGCAAGACCCCAAGAUUUUAGCAAAAUUCAAACCCGUUUUUCACACAUUAAUGGGUUUGUAUGGCAUGUCAAUGAAUUUGAUGGGCGAUGCUGCAGAACACUUCAGAAAAGCUGUUGAGCUCUCUGUAAAAGGAUCUGAGAUAUUUAAUAUCGCGGCGUUGAACCUUGCAAUCAUUUAUGCGAGAGGCGGUGAAGCCAAGAAGCAAGAACUACUCGAUAUGUUUGAAAAACUCAAUAAUGCAUCUGUGAUGAGGUCACAAGCUCUGCAAGCAGGUUACCUAUAUGUGAAAGGGCUUGUGUCAUUUUUCAAUGCCAACUACCACGAAGCCAAAAAAUACCUUCGCGAAACGCUUCGAAUCGGAAACGCCGAAGAUCUGAAUCGGAUCACCGCUUGUUCGCUUGUUCUUCUGGGACACGUCGUAACUGCAUCAGGGAACCCACAGGAAGCUUUGAGCAUGGUAAUACCAGCAAUGCAGCUUGCAGCCAAGGUUCCCGAUGUAUAUUUGCAGCUUUGGUCUGCUUCUCUCCUUAAAGAUAUCUAUCACCUUCUUGGCGACGAGUCACAUGAAAUCGAGGGUGCACAGCUUCACCAUUUGUAUACGACGCAGCUGUUACAAGAUCAUUUCCAAGCUGGUCAAAGACCAGAGCACUCUCUGCUAAGGGACACGAAUUGGAAAGUCUGACCAUUCAGUAGAAAGCGAAUGUCUACCAAGAUAUUUCCUUUUUUAUUUUCAAGUAGAAUUCCCUGCGAAGAAAGAAUGGUAAAUUUGCAUUGACGGCGAAUUUCAGUUGGACUUAAGUAUGGACGUUUUGCUUAGAACAUCUGUAAAUAUAUGUUUUUUACUGGCUCGUCCUUAUAAUUUACAGUUAGGAAUUUUAGCGUUUCAUGAAACAUUCAUAGGUGUAUGUAUAUAUAAAUCCUAUGAUGUUUUGCGAUUUUAAAGUAUUUUUGAAGUAUUUUAUCUCAGAUUUUAUUAUUUAAACAUAGUAUGUUUUCUUCUAUAAGAAAAAGCCUUUUUUAUACUCUGGUUGUUCUUAUUCUACAUUGCUCUUCAAAAUAAUUCUCCGUCGAAAUUUGAAGUAAUUCAUCGGAAUUUUUCAGGAAAGCAAUUUUGUUUUCUAAAGAAUCUUAAUGUUUUGCCUAAUAAAUUGUUGAAUUAACUAUCUAAAAGAAACAUCAAUUGGAGUUUUUUAGAAAAUAGUUAAAAAGUUGGUCUAACUAGCUAAAUAGUACGGAGACAUUUAAUUUCAAUAAGGAUGGGCUUUCUGAAAUGGAAUCUGGAUGGGUUGUGUAUCUGCUCUUCUCGAAUCAUUCGAACUUUAACGCGAACUUUGAUUAGCUUUGGUUCUAGCCGUAACUGCAUGCUUUGAAAUAAACACAAUUCAAAUUAGGAAUUUUUUGAUUCAUACAAUAGAUCAGAAUCUUUUAUCAAUCCCUGUUAACAUAGUCUAUUUUCAGUUCACUAAAUUGAUUAUUCAAAAGUUUCGAAAGGUUUUUGUAAUGGGAAUCUGUGAAAGUAUUGUUAUUGCUGAGAACUGAGUUUCGAUCUCGAUUUGGAUAUGCCUAAAUGUGAAAUUUUCGCGUAUCUUGGCGAAUAUUUUCUUUCACUUUUUUUUAAAUGAAUAGCAAAGCCUCGAAGAGCUAACAGAUCAAAAAAAAUUGUGAGCAAUGGGUGAACUUCAAAUGGUAAAGAGAAGAGUUUGUGACUAGACAAGAAAAUCAUUUUGACAUUUGUUGUAGAGUAAAGUUAUGUUCACGCCAGUUCGUUUAUUUUUCCAUUUGCCUUUAGAUCACUUUUGAAGAGUAAGCCAUUUCUGUUUCAUUUCAUUUCGAAGUGAUUUCUGCCCAAAGACGAGAUGUGUCUACGAGAAUGAUUUUCAGAUCAACCAUCUGUCAGACAUUCCUUGCUUAGCUUGGCUCUGCCAGAAAUCGCACUCUUUCGUAUAUCCAGAUACCAUGCCUUGCACAUUUCGAUAAUAAUCAUCAUAAUUACGAAAUUUCAUGAUAGAAACUUGGAUCUUCCGAUCUGGGAAAUUCUCAAGGUGAAACGUUGCACAUUGUUUUUGAUCCAGUCAAAAAUGGUUCAGACGCACACAGUGACAGUGGCACUUGUAUAGAGAGAUGAAACCUUAUUAACUGUACUGCACCUGCAUAGGUUUUUACGGUGAUACAAUAAAUUCUUUCAAUUAUGCCGGAAAUAGCAAGGAUGUCAUAGUAACGGGGAUCUCAUGGGCAGUUUCGUAAUGUGAUUGGUUAGUUUUGUUGAUCAAUGUCAUCAGUAAUCCAUAUUUGGGUUUGGUAAUUGAGAGAGUAUUGUUUUGUUAUUUUGUCUUCAAGUAUAAUCGUUUCACACAAUGGAUCGGCUUGCAGAAUCGUUCGGUCGUUUGAUGGACGGGUGUUCUCCUUCCCAGACGUCCUUUGACCAGACCUGUCUUUUGACGUUGUAAUACAACAACCAUCUCCUUCGCCGUUGUCGCGUUCUUUUCAAAAGAGCACAGUGUCAUACCGGAUUCUUCAACCUGGAAGUUUUUCGCACCAUUCUAGUCCAGGUAGCUUUGAUUGUUCAACUGGCCUGGUCAAUUUGAAGUGCUGCUCGUGUAAAUACUCUCAGUUGUUGUCGCCAUAGAAAAUAGUUUUCAGUAGAUUGCUUUUGCACGUGGGAUUUCAAGAUGUGGAUAGGAUGCCUAAUUUAAGUACAUUGAGAAUCAAUUUGGUCAGUUAGAAUAUACGUCGAAUAUUUUGACGCCGAUCGAGCGGUGGAACCAGGUAGGAAAAUGG